ACUACCACCAGACCUGAGACCUCUGUAGUUUCCUCUUCACAAUCCUCUCUCUAGCUCUUUCAGAACUUUCGAACCUGAGUCUUUAUUUUGUUAAGUUUUGUAAAUGAACACAAACCCAUUUCCUCCUUCAGUUCAGUUUUCUGAUUUUUCUGCUCCAAAGUGACGGUUUUGUUUCCACUGCUUAUAAGCCUUUUUUUGGGGAAGCUAUAUAUUGACAUGCGCAUUUAGUUGUUUGUGCUCUGCUUACAUUGGAGAGGAGGAGCCUGGAAUAUUCCACUGGUAAUAGUAAAAGUGGGCAAAUGAAGGAGAGCGCUGUUCUUAUUUCUACUCAUGAUGCAACCAAGAAUGCCAUUUUUUGAUGGCCAAGUUGAAGCAAUCUUCUUAAAGUCUGGAUGUUGUAGAAUGUCAAAGGUCAUGGGGUAAAACAUUUGUUUAACUGUACACUUACGUGCUGCUAAUUCUGAAGGCGUAUUAAGUCUCACAGUACAACUGCUGGCUUUGUUUUGAGUAGUCAUUGCUUCUUAUACUGGAAAUUGGUUCAAGUAAGGUGGAGGUUGUGAUAAAGCAAAUCUGAAAGAAUGUCCGAAUCCAAUUCUUUUGAAAUGUCUGAGAGUUCAAAGGAACUUCGGUCAUUGGCAUUGACACCGACAUGGUCUGUUGCUUCUGUGCUGACUGUAUUUGUUGUUGUAUCACUGCUUGUGGAGCGAUCCAUACACAGACUAUGCACUUGGCUGAAGAAAACUGAUAGAAAACCUCUGCUUGCAGCUGCAGAGAAAAUGAAAGAAGAGUUAAUGCUACUUGGCUUCAUUUCUCUCUUACUUACGGCCACCUCUAGCAUCAUAUCCAAUAUUUGCAUCCCAUCAAAAUAUUAUGAAAGUGAAUUUGCACCUUGCAAGAAGUCCGACAUUGAAGAAGAAAAGCAAAACAAUGAUUUCAAGGAGCGAAAAAUUUUGAUGGACCUUAUUCUCCAUCAUCCUAAAAGAAGAAUGCUUAGUAGUUUGAAUCAAAAUACCUGCCCCGAGACUCAUGAACCAUUUCUAUCAUAUGAAGGCCUAGAGCAGCUGCACCGUUUCAUCUUUGUCAUGGCCAUUACUCAUAUCUUUUAUAGCUGUCUAACAAUGUUACUGGCUAUUAUCAAGAUUCAUACUUGGAGGGUUUGGGAGGAUGAAGCUCACAAGGACCAAAACGGGGCAUUAACUGAUAGGACAAGAGCAAUGACAAUGCGAAGGCAAUCAACUUUUGUUAGAGUCCAUACAUCCAAUCCUUGGUCCAGAAAUAGUGUUCUUGUAUGGGUGACAUGUUUCUUCAGGCAAUUUGGGCAUUCAGUAGUUCGUGCUGAUUACCUUACACUACGCAAGGGUUUUAUCAUGAAUCAUAACCUUACAUCGAAGUAUGAUUUUCAUAGUUAUAUGAUUCGAUCCAUGGAAGAAGAGUUUCAAAGAAUAGUUGGUGUCAGUGCACCACUAUGGGGAUUUGUGGUCGCCUUUAUGCUGUUUAAUAUCAAAGGAUCUAAUCUCUAUUUCUGGAUUGCAAUAAUUCCAAUUACUGGCUUAUGGAAAAAAACCAUGACAACCAAAUCUGCUUUCCUCUGAAGAAAUUAUGUUGUCACACCUACAAAUAAUUGCACAAGACAUAGGUAUGCAUGAAGCGGGAUGGAAGGGUGGGGGCGGGGGGCUAGAGGAAGAUAGACUUAGUUUAUAUCUAUCCCAACUUUAAUAUAGGUUCCAAAAGGGU